CCGGAAGUCAUUUAGCGGCUAGCAUCGUCUGCUAAGAAAACGCUGUUUUUUUAAAGGGAAACCAAGGUUGUUGAGGUCUGUGGUGGGCUAAGCAGGUUGAAGGUUGCUGCUGGCUGCAGGGCCCUGUGGAGCAGAAUAGCUGUGCCAUUCCCCCUUUUUUCCUCUCAUGUCCCCCCCUGUGUGUUUCCCUGUGUGUUAGUGACCCCACACCCCACCCGCCCCCCACCUGAUCCCUCCUGUCGUGUCGCCACUCCAGCCCGAAGCCCCCCUCUCACCCCAUGCUUGGAACAAAGUCCGCUCACUGCCAGCCCGAUGACUGCCUGGAUCGUCCUGCCUGUCAGCCUGUCUGCCUUCUCCAUCACAGGGAUAUGGAUAGUCUACGCCAUGGCUGUGAUGAAUCACCAUGUUUGUCCUGUGGAGAACUGGUCUUACAAUGUAACGUGCAUAGAGGAGCUGGCCCGACCAGGCUUCCCCAAGACGUGCUGCACCAUCCAGGACAUCCCCCUCAUCAGUAAAUGUGGCUCCUUCCCUCCUGAAAGCUGCCUGUUCAGCUUGAUCGGCAACGUCGGGGCCUUCAUGGUGGUGAUGGUGUGCUUCCUGCGCUACGCCCAGGUGAUUGAACACAGCCACCAGUGUUGGAUCAACACCAGCGCUCUGGUGUCGGGCUGCACCAACGCCGUGGGCCUGGUCAUGGUGGGAAACUUCCAGGUGGAUCACGCCAAGUCUCUGCACUAUGUGGGUGCGGGGGUGGCGUUCCCGGCGGGGCUGCUGUUCGUGUGCCUGCAGUGUGUGCUCACCUACCGGGUGGCAUUGACCGCCCUCGACUACUGGAUGGCCCAUUUAAGAGUGGCUCUGGCGCUGGGGGCCAUGGUCUCCCUCGUCCUCAGCGGCAUCUUCUUCGUCCACGAGAGCUUCGUCCUGCAGCACGCCGCCGCCAUCUGCGAGUGGGUCUUCACGGUGGACAUCCUGGUCUUCUACGGCACCUUCACCUACGAGUUCGGCACCGUCACCAGCGAGACCAUGAUGGCGGGCCUGCAGCACUGUCUCCACCACGGCUCGGGGAUCCUCAUGGGAGCGCGGGGCUCGACGCUGGGAGGGGCCACGAAAGGCCUCAAGUCCCCCGGGGGGAGCAGCACCUCCACACAUCUCAACUGCACGCCGGAGAGCAUAGCGAUGUUGUAGCUCUGCAGCCGGAGGUGGAGGAGAGGCUCUGACAUGUUUAAACAUUGGACCUACACCAGGUGACCCAUCUGUAAUGCUGUACUAUCCCUCCCUUCGUAUCCAACGGUGACGCUCGCCGCUACAGGGACGUUUCCUGUAGCCCUGUUGUAAAGAGAGGCUGAAUGUGUGGAGCCAUGAAUGUUUUCCAAGAUGGCAGUUUGAUUUGUUUUUAUUUCCUGAGCGACACUUUUUCCUUUUUCUAACUUUGCAUACCUGUUGUGCCCACAAAGUCCCCCUCACCCGACACUCCUUCAUGAGCCCCCGAUGCUUUGCGCGGCCCACCUGUUUUUGGCCUUUUGCUUAUCUCUGCACGGCACACUUUUUCUGAAUGAGAGAAUAGCAGUUUUAUGUUUUUAAAUUUAGCGUAGUUAGUGGAUAAUAUUGAAUGUUUGAGAAGUGAAUAGUUAUGUUUUACAUGCUUUAAGCAUAUGGCCUUUUUUCUUCUUUUUUUAAAUCAAUCAACGUAAUUAUAUGAUUCGCAAAAAAAUAUUGAUUUCAAUCGACAAUAUUAUUUUGAUUGCACAGAUGAUUUUGAAUGCAAAUUUUGAGUAGUUUUCCAAACGAUGUAUAGUUGGAGCCACUAUCAUUGUGGAGAUCAUGUGAGUGAAGGACGUUAACACAGCAGCUGUUCUGAGGUCUGCAUCACUGAGAGUCUCUGAAGCCCCUCCAUGACUUAUUCCAGUAUCGUCCCACCUGUCGCAUGAUUUCUUUGUAUCGUUUUACAUUUCAUGCUGCCCUUUUUUUUAUUCCAUUGACUGUCAUGUCCGGUGCAAUAAUUGUCAUCAAUCAUGAGAUCAUUUCCGCUCCGCUGGAGUGUAUGAUGCCUUUUUCAGUGUGUUGGGAUCGAACCCAGGGCUUUGUUUUAGUUUGUAUUUGAGUUGACACAAAGACUUUUGAAGUGACCUACAUGUUAUAAAUGAGUGAUGGUAAAUGUAUAAUCCAACUAAAAGUAUAACAAAGUUGUCGCCCACAUGCUGAUUUGAUUCCAGGCUGGACCCUUGGAAGCCGUAUCUGACUUUAGAGAAAAGGUUUUCUGUUACAAAAUGAGUCCUUUUUAGGGGAAGUUCAUGUAUCCGAUGCUUUUAGACCUCGUGGCGUUACCAGGGUGACAUCAGUGUUACAAACAGACACUAAUACCACACAGGUUGUAGAGUGAAGAAUGUUUUUGUAUGAUUUCCUGUUGCCAGUUUCUUUUAAAGUGAUACUUAACACCAGACUGCCACAAACUACCACUGCUCAAACUAAAGCUGACCAAUGCCUCCAAAUUUAGAUUAGGAUGUUUUUUAGUCAAAUGAAUGAGAAGUAUAUUCGCUGUUAACACAGUAUUCUGCCCUCUAGUGCAUUUUAACUAUCUAACCACUGAUGCCAGCAAUACAGUCUUUUUCUAAAGAAAGGUCACAUCACCUACCUCUUUUUGUGGGUUUGAUGUUCCGAGGCAAAAGCUAGACUUCCAACAUGUUUCUCCAUCUCACAGCGAAGAGUUUGAGAACAGUAUUUAACGCGAUGGUGGCUCUGCAAUCCAGUCCAAAGUGUCUGCAUUUAAGGAAACUGUGGGUCUGCUGUUACACCGGCUGCGUAAUCAUGUGUCAGGUCAGUUUUCUUUACUUUCUGUGCAAAUUAUUUAUCUCGCCAUUGUUUCUGCGAUUGUGUUGUUCUGCAGAUCUUGCCAAAAAAGACGGGAGUCCUCUGGAGAUUUGAUUGGUUUUCUGUGCGUCAGAAGGAGGUGUAUGAAUCGUUAUGGGUGCACUGGUUUAGCCUUAUCCCUCGUACUGUGCCAGGGGAACAUGAUCAUAUUGCUUUCUUUUUAUCUUGUGUUCAGCUGUAGCCAAUUUCACCAAACUGUAACUAAGUCACAUGGUGUGACUGCAAAUGGCAGCUUGUAUGAGCCCUCACGUCGGGGCUGGAUUUAUUCUGUAACAUCUCUUACAUAACGCCAUCUUCCAGAAGCCAAAACCUAACGGUGGAUUUCACCUUUUUGCUUUUGUUGUCUCUCACAAUGUACACCUAAGCUUUCAUAUGGUAUCUUUGUUGGUGGAGAAUCCUAUAUAAAGAAAGGCUGCCUGACCUGUACACACCUUGAGCUCUUCAACACAGAAACAAUGUCUAUUCAGAAAUGUAUUCAUAUUUCCUAAAUCUUUGAAAAAGAUGUUAAAGAAUGGUAAUGGAGUCAGAGAAAUCCCCCGAAGACAAGUCAACACAGAUUAUCGUUUCCUUUUUAUAAAUUCUGUAAAUAUGUAUGAUUUGUCUAUCAUUUAGGGUAUUUUCAUUUGACAGAGAUUUAUAUUCAAAUAUGAAAUAAAAAUGAUAAAUUAUUAAA